UAUCUACCAAAUUCACAAACACGCUGAACUCAACCAUAUGCCCUGCACGAAAAUGAUGAUGCACCCGUUUCUACUCUGAGAGCAGACGACCUUCUGUUACCAAAUUUGCAGGCCAUGGGACAGGAGGAAAGCCACGGCGAGGAGAUGGAUUUAUCACAGAUUCAGGAGCUGUGCAUAAUUUUCAUGAAGGAGUGUCCAAGCGGCGCGUUGCAUUUACAUGAGUUUAAGAGGAUCUUUGGAGUACCGAGCACCUCUGCGGAGGAGUCUCUCUUCAUUGAGACAAUAUUCCACUCAUUUGACACCAAUCAGGACAAUGCUCUCGAUUUCCUGGAGUAUGUUGCAGCGCUUCAUUUGAUCUUACGAGGGAACCUUGAGGACAGGCUCAAGUGGUCUUUCAAGAUGUAUGACAAGGAUGGGAAUGGCAAAUUAGACCGGCAAGAGGUGAAACGGCUAAUAAGGAUUCUCUACAAAAUCAAGAUCCAGACAAUCGAUGUGGAUUUGACACCGUCCGAAAUAUGUGACAGAAUUUUUGAACUGGUUGACCAGAAUAGUGACGGUCAGAUAUCCUUAGCAGAGUUCAUGGAGGGAGCUCAGAAGGAUGAAUGGGUAAUGAACCUCUUCAAGUUGGAUGUCAACGCCGCUAGCUGGGUCAUCCAAAAUUGUGGAAAACUUCCGUGAUCUGAGUGAGAGGAUCCUCAGCUUUGGUUCAAGAGAGACAGAGAUGCUGUCUUCAUACUUGGACUUUGUCUGCCAUCUUUAUCUUGAGCUUCUUCUCUUUUUAAGAGGAAGGGCAGCGAACCUUUUUUUUGGCCUCAGUUUUGAGGUCAUUUGGGCUACUGGUUUGAAGGUCGCAAUCCUCGCUCUCGUCCCGACAUGGCUGUGAGCUCCGAAGGCCCUUUUCUCGGGGAGGUUUGCAGUUGAACGUAGGGCAAUGAACUAACUGUCAGUAAUUGUAAUUAUAAAUAAUAUGAUUACACAUAUAAGGUGUUCAAAGUUGAUAUUCUAACAGAAAUCAACACUAGCUACCGCAAAGCAAUUACAAACUUAGUCACAGUCUUCGUUGUAUUAUUUAAGUUUGUAAAAUUAAUUCGAAUUGUGCUGUACUGUGAACUGUUCUAAUUGUUCUAAUUACACAGUUACACGUUUCUCUUACUAUUACCGGGUGCUCUGUGUCUGUACACAAAGAGUUUAAUUCUGACCCUUGUCCUCUGUUGUUUUCUUUUCUCAAUUUAUUUGGUGGAUUUGUUUGUCUGUUGUUUUGUUUUGUUGUCACUGUUUGGUUGUCUGGGCAGGUUGUUUUCCAUUUUCCCACCAUACAGUAUGUGCACACUAUUUAGGGGGCGGUGCCUCCUAUUGUAAUCAGAACACAAUUACUUGGCACAAUCCGUGGAGCAAUUAUUGCAGAUAAUAGUGUGGUUUCCUUGUAGCGUUAGCUGCAUUGCUAAAACGCAAUGAUGAAACAUUGUUUCCUAAUUAACAACAUUGUUCCGGAUUUGACCAAGUGAAAUCCUCAAAAGAGCAUUAGAAGGGUGGUAAGAAUUUAUGCCUUACAGGUAAAUGGUAGCAAAAUGGCUGGGGCUUCGAGUCUCUUAAGUCAUCCCCUCACAGCUCCGAAUCAUGUACUGAAUGGCUGAGUCAUUUAAGGCUCUAAAUCACCCUUUGACGGAAAUGGUUGUCGAUAUUGUUCUGUCAGUCCUGUGUUAAAUGGUGGUCAGUCCAGUCUGCCUCUCACCUUCAACCAGCGAGAACCGGUUCGAUACCUGCCCUGACUACAUUGAACAGGACGAGUUGUAUGGAAAACGGAAAAUGGAGGCCUGAAUCUUGAACCUGGCAGCAAAAUGACAUGAAGCGUGUACUGUACCUUGGAAACUACCUCAAACAAAUGUUUGUUUUCAAUUCUCAGGCGGGUUGAAGACUGAAAAUGUUGAUUGUGUGAACAUUCCAAACUUAUUACACAUUUUACCUCAUUAAUUUUUUUUUGUAUAUCUGCAAGGCUAAUCCUCCCAGCUACCUCUGCGUUCUUGCUUCUGCAGUCGUGACUCAUGACAAACUACAUUGUAAAAACUUGUCCUCCCAUGAUGUCAUUGUACAAAGUAACUUAACCGUAAUGGGUUUUCACACAUCAAUAAAUGUUUUCGACUGUUAGCGUAUGUUCUCUUUGCAAAGGAAAAGAAAAAAACUCUUUGAAAUGAGUUUUCCAAACAAAGGGUAACAUUUGAAAAUGUUUCAGUUUAAGAGUAAAAGCCGGGUGUUUUAAACACUGAACUAUAUUAAUGUGCUGCAAUUAUAGUGCUUGCAAAAAAAUAUGCACAUCGGCAUUAAUAUGAAGAAGUAACACCAGUUUGCUGUUUGCACAACUGUUCAGUGGCAAGAAGUCAUACUGUUGUAUUUUAACCAUUUGUAACGGAGAUCACAAAUGAUUUAUCCAAUUAACCAGCAUAAUGUUCCAUGUUUAUUUCAAUCCUCCUCAGCAUCACUUUACGGUUUAUGAAAGAAUUGUAGAAUAUUUUUCAAAAGCUGAAAUAAUGAUGGGGUUUGAUUCAUUUGUCCUUCUCAUCACAUCAUUUCGGAUAAACAUACAUUGUGUCUGCAACGAUGCUUAGGUGCCAUACAACUAAGCUUUGCACAUAAAUACCAAAGGUGGAAUAAUUGGAACUUGUAUUUUGCCGUACGUGCAAGAGCAAUAUU